AAUCUAAACUUAAAAUAGAGUCUCAUUUUAAUAUUCAGAGUUAACUAAAGUAAAUCCAGUAUCUCACAUCCUGUAUAUCAAAUUCUACAAAAAAAUACAAAAGCCAACCACCCAACACUACUGCUUACACCGCAAACGCAACCCACCGUGAUAAUAGCCAGCAAAACAAAAAAAAAACUCUUGAAGUAUGAGUGAGUGAAAAAAGAAAAAAAUACUACUUUUGCCUAAAGCAGACCGGUCUACGGCCAACUUCACUCCACUGCGUUUGAUUAAGCGGAGUCGCGAAGGUCAAUCGUUUCGCCAAGCCCGUCCGAAGUACUCCGAAGCCAGAUGCAAACCAACGCUCGCGGGGACCGCACGUCUCCACAAAAAACAUCGAAAAAAACUUUUACGUAUCAAAAAUAAAUCAAACUAAACAUUUUAUUGAGAAAUUAAGUGUCGUUCAUGUUGUAUACGAGAUUUGAAUAUUGUUUUCGUUAUAAUUUUUAGUGGAAUUGUGUUUAAAAGUUGCCGAGUUGAAGUAGAAAGUUAACAUUGCAUUGACAGGAAUCUAAAUGGUUCUCAUGUGUUGAGUUUUGUGCAGUGCCAGUGUUUUAACCAAGGAAGUUUCAUCGUUUCGAACCCGCAGUCAUCGUCCCUCAGUUUGAAAAGAUUUGAAUCGAGCACCUAAAGCAGACAGAGAUUCAAUAUCAACCCUGGGAUCGCCAUUUUACUCGUCUCUGUUUAUAAGAUGUAACUAAACCUGCCAUGGCAGCCACAGACGGCCAAGUAGUGGCCGCAGCAUCGCGCUGGUCAGACGAAGGAAGCUAUCUCCGAGAAUUCGUCGUCAAGAACCGACUUCCAAAUGUCGCCAAAAUCAUCAAAGGACAGUACGGAGGGCUCGGCGUGCCGACCUUGCCGAGUCCCGGCUUACAGAGCACUGCUAUACUCGUAUCAGCAGGAAAGAGAAAGAAGAUCAUUGCUCAGGCCAUCAAACUGAAAGAGGGAAGGCGGAUGGUCAGCGUCGGACCCAGAAUAGCCAUCCCUGAUACUUAUAAAGGAUUCUUCGAAUUACUUAGCGAAGAAGGCCGGGCUGUAAGGUGCAUUGAGUCAGUAUCGGAACUAGCUAGGAGGAAACUGGACGAUGGAUGUCUCGUCCGAGAACCAGUAAGAGUUAUCUGUGCUAAGAUAGAUUUAGAUGGCAAUGUCACAGCUGAUGGAGCGAGGAAUCUACCCGCUGGCGAAAUAAUCAUGCCUAGAGGCGAAACUUUCUUAGGUAAGAAUAGGUAUCUGAAAUGUACAGAUUCUAAAGGUGAUAUGGUUUUAAUGAGUCUGGAUCAGAGAGGAAAGUUUUCAGCUGUUGCUAAGGAGGAGAAUAUUAGUGGGGUCCAUACGGCGAAGACGUUGUUGACUAAACGUCUGCCAAUAACUGUAAGGCUGGUGCACGGAACGCCACCGAGAGGCCUCAAGAGCGCGAGCCAUUUUGUACCAGAAUUAAGACUGCUGUCAAUGUUUGAAGAAGAUCAUGUAUUUGCUCUUCCUCUCCCUAAAGAAGGCAACGCAUUAGUUGCACUACCUCUAGCGGCGCCACUCAAAAUGCAAAGAUGCAAAAACGAAGAGCAAAUAAAAAACUUCAUGGAGUUCUCUAGAUUAGUGGAAAAGUGCAAUCGUAUGUUAGUAGACGUCGUAGACAGAAUACAUGUUUUGGACGGAAAGUUAGGCGACCCGAAGAGACUUUUGAAUGGGCCUUUACACGCACCACCGUUAGUCAAAACUGGUUAUUUCCUCCGACGCAGCGCGUCUUCUGACACGGCUAACCAACACAAGCAUAUCUCGCGACACAAUCACAUUUAUAGUAGUCACAGGGACGAGAACAGUAUCCCGGAUGAGUAUGAUGAAAUAGACCAAAUUUAUGACUACGUAAGAGGUUUCGCGCCCCUCCCUAAGAACAUUAAAGCUUCGUAUUCAAACGAGCCAACGCCGAGACAUGAGUCAGCUCCAGCAUCCCCUGCCGCAACACCCAUCCACAUGCCUCUCAUCACAGAAAUAAAACCAGAACCGCCACCAAUAGAAACCAUACCCACAAAGAAACCUCUAAACAUUCAAAAAGCGGAGAAACGCACUCGGAAGUCAACAGCAGUCGUAAAGGAAACCCCAGUCACAGUAUACAAAGAGAAAUGUUCCAUUGCACCAGCACCAAACCUCCCCAAGCUUUACAUAAAGAAUAGUGUUAGCAACAGCAAGAGCAAAAUGGUGUUCCGUCAGAAAAGUACUUCGCCGACUAAAGAGGCCCCUAGUCCAGUUGCUAGUCCGAUACGACCGUUGAAAGGUGACUCUCCGAUCUUCAAUAUACGCUAUAAGAGUUUGUCGAACAUUCACCAGGCGAUGGAGUUAGAUGGGACUUUGGAUUCGAGUCAUUCUGGUGGCAGAACGUCUGGGGACUCUGGUAACGGUCCAAAGCUACCGGAGAAGAGGUGUAGAAAGCUGAGCAGACCGAAGUCCCUGACGAACCUUGUGUGGGAGCUGAAGGGAUGUCCCGAUCCCGACAAGCCCAAAACUAGAGUUAAAAAUGAAAGCUACAAGAAGAUUGGUAACAAAUUGUCUUUGGGAGCUCAGAAGAGGGUGCCUACGUUGUAUCUUUAAAUGUGGUCCAGUGUGUCUUCACGACAGUAUUGAGACCACAUUACAUCGACAAGCGAAACAUUCGACCACGAUUAACCGUUACAUUUAAUUUCACGUCACUUCGGCUAUUUUCGACAAACUUCGGCAACGCUCGUGCGACGGAACAACGAAGCAAUACGAUUUUCAUGUGAUAUACAAUGUGACUAUGGAAAUUAGGAAUGUAUUUUAUAAAUUGAAACUGAAUUUUGUAAAAUAGAACAGGUAUAAUCUGACACACUUACUAAGAGACCAGAAAAUGGGACAUUCGUCGUUGUGGAAGCGAGAUACCGCUAUGCGUUCAGCAUAUCUCUGUCAUGUUUACACGAUGGAUCAAUCCGAUCUGAAGAUAUUAUAGUACAGGAAUUCUGAUUUAUAAAUUAUUAAUCAAUCGUACAACCAUUUUGUAUUAUUUUUUCAUCACACGUUGAUUAUCAGAUAGAUAGACAGAUUCAAUUUUAAAUGAGGCGAAAAGGAGAUCGGAUUAUGCUUGUUCUUUUUUUUGUAUAACUGUUUUACUAAAAAGGAUUUGUCCAAUAGAAAGCCAUUUCUUUUUCUAUUUUAAUCGAAUAUGAAUUUACCAAGAUUAAAGGCAACGCAAGUGCUUAGCUACCGAUUUCAGCCCCCAAGUGACUACCGUACUACAGCCAUACAAACUUAUAGAAAUUUGUAUGUAUAUGUAUAUUAUAGGGACGCUUCCUUGGAGAUUUCAUUUGUCAGGUAGCAGAAACUUAGGUAUCCUAAUAUAUGGGGCUUAAGACGUGUUGAAAAAGAAUUUGGCUUUCAAAUAUGUAAUUGUUACGAAACUUAGAUCCGAAGUGUAUAAAUAGGCAUUGAAAAUUUUAAUUUUGUGCAUGGCAACAUUUUUUUUUAAUAGUUUCAUGUCCAAGUUAUACCAGUUUUUGAACAAAACCUUAUUUUUAAUUUAACUUCAAAAGAAUUUGCGUUUUAAAACUAGUCUAAAGAAAUGUUGACAGUGUACAAAAAUGUAAGAGAAAUUAAUAAUUUUUAUAACGAAAAAGAACUUAAUUUUGAUCUCUUAAUGGAUAAUUAUUUAUGAAUGUAAUGCCAUAUUAAAGUAUAAUACUUCAUUGGUGUUCGUAAUUAGAUAUAGGUAAGGUCUUUCAUCACUUAAGAACUAUAUUCAGCCAUUUUAAUCUAAGACGCUGUACUUUUAAUAUUGUGACGAAAAUAAUAAUAUUACUGAUUGUAACAGCAAAUCUGUACGCGGAAUUAUAAUUGGAAAACACAUCGAGCUCGAGUUAGCUAUUCCUUAGAUAAUUAGGAACGGUUUUCUGACAGUUCUCGUUUAUAAACUGGUACAUAAUUAUCUAUAGACAUGCGACCAACACUAUUGUAUUAGCAAACUCGGGCUUAAUUAACUCUCUGAACUUUCUUACUACUAACGCCAUCUAUGUGUAGUAGUGGGAACUUUUGUUGCCACUUGAUGUUACUAGAUGGCGCUUUGAUGAGUUUGCAAUUUCUUUCAGCAUCUCGAUAGGUUUUAAUCCUUUUAAAAGUUGUAUCGUUGAGAUGAAAGACCCUUUAUGGCUUAUGAUAUGAUACAUAGUUUUCCCAAAUAUCUGUAAUAAGGACCGAAUAAUUCUAACGUUUGUGAUAAGAAAACAAUUUUUCCUAUCAAAAUGUAUAAAGUAGGUGUUAUACUACACUGACACAGAAUUCCUUAUCCUUAAGCUUUGUCAUACAAGAGUGUACAAUGUUCAGCAAACAGAAAAGACAUAAUAUUAAAAAACCAUAUAGUUAAGUUAGAUUUUGACGAGUCGAUAAUCAAUGUAUGUACAAAUUAAUAACAUAACAUUGAUUAUCUACUAUCUAUACUGAUCUUAAGCUUAAUAAUCACAAGGACAUUAUUCAGUGCAUAAAAGUUUCCCUAUAGGUACUUAUUUGACUAAUAGUAUACAAUGUUCAGCAAACAGAAAAGACAUUAUAUCAGAAAACCAUAUUGUUAAGUUAGAUUUUGACGAGUCGAUAAUCAAUGUAUGUACAAGUUAAUAACAUGACAUUGAUUAUCGACUACACUGAUCUUAAGCUUAAGGAUCACAAGGACAUUAUUCAGUGCAUAAAAGUUUCCCUAUAGGUAAUUAUUUGACUGAAAAGUAAUAAAUCUUUUCAGUCAUUUAAGCAAGUUUCUCAAUCAAACAUUAAUUACCGGACGAGCUCAAUAACUAAUUUAACAAAGGAACUAUGAAUCAUAAUCAUAAGCCUAUUAUAAUAAUUAGCAUACUUAAAGUUUUCUACAUUUUAAACGUUUUGAAAAUUCAUUCCUUUUAUGCAAACCAAAAAUACGAGGUGCCUUAAAAAUGCUUUUAUUCGAAAAAAAAACUUUGUUAUAUUAAUGUUCUAGUGUUAAGGGAAAUAGUCACAAAUAACUUCGAUUUUUUUAGGUUUUUUAGUAUGUAAGUACCGGAUAUGCAACUCUUGAUAUGCAUUUAUUCACUUUUAUAAUUUUACAGUCAUAGACGUUUUAGUGCACUAUUUGUUUGCGUUUGAAAUAAUGUUUUUGGACUUUCUGCAAUAUUAUUCUCUGCGAAAUUGAAUAACUAAAACUGUAAUAGUGUGUUUUCGACAAUAAUGAUUCAGAAUUUGAUUUGUGAAAGUUUGUCCAUAAUUAUUAUCGGCCCAUAUAGCAUCUUCCAUUCGUCCCGGUAAAUGGCUAACGGAGGUAAAUGGUGCGAGUAAAAAUAAAUCGGUAAAAACCAGAUACCUACUAAAUGUCACUGUCAAUUUGCAGCCAGUUGUUUUAUAAAUCUAUAUCUACUUAUGUCUUAUUAAGGUGCUAAUUAUUUUGCAGUUAUUUUAUUCAAUACACAAUAAAAAAAAUCAAAAAAGUUUUUCAAACAUAAACAUUAUUUUAAACGCAGAAUAUAACCGUUGUUUUGUUGUUAGUUGUACGGUACAGAUAAUAAAAAUACUUGUUCACUUUUAGCAGCGACAUCUAUCGUUCAAUGUGGUGACUUAUUCUAACAGUCUAAUGUCAUUGAAAAAACAACUUUAGAGACUUUGGAUAUUAAGGUUAUUUUUUCAAAUUACAGUUUUAUGAGUAUCUGUUGAACGUUUUGAAUAUCUUGAUAAGUAUUUUGAUUAUAUUACUUUACAAUUAAAAACUAAACAGCAUCAUAAGUUAAGUCUACAUACUCUUUAUGGAUAAAUCUCUCGGAAUUAUGUCAUCGAUUACGUUAUUUCGAUACGAUUUAUCGAUUAUGAAUUUUGUAUUCCAAAUAUUACUCUGUUUAGUUGGCUAGGCUACCAUUCCAUGAUUCCUAGAGUACGUUUCAUUAUAUUAUAAUGUAAGUUUUUCAUUCAGUGUUAUGGUAUCAAUUGAUAAGUACUUAACGAUAAAUAAAUGAAAUGAUAUAAAAAUAAA